AUGUACAUCCCCAAAGAUCCAUCGAGCGGGUACCCGGUGUGCAUGGACUCGCCUGCGCCUGCUCGGCGGCGCCCCGCCGCGCCGCACUCGCCGGCGCUCCGUGCCGCGCUGGCGGCGCCGGGGUCGCCCGCGCUGCGUGCCUUGUUCGCGCCGCGCCCGAGCCCCGCGCCCGCGCCCGCGCCCGCGCCCGCGCCCUCUCCGCGCCGCGAGCCCGAGCCCGCCGCCCGCCGCCCUGUCCCGCCGAGCCCCGCCGUCGCCGCGCCGGCUCCGUCGCCGCCGAGCCUCCUGCGGCUGGCUCUGGAGCGGCUGACCGUCGAGCCUGAGCCUCGGCCGCCGGCCCCGUCGCCGGCGCGCGCGUCGAGCGCGGCGCCCGCCCCGGCGCCCGGCGCUCCGCGCGCUCGGAGCCGGGACCCUCCGCGGUCGACGGUCAUCUAUUCUGACGCAAUCGGGGCCGGCCUCGGCGUGCUGCUGGGUGAAUGUCUCCGGCAAAGUGUAACAAAUGUGUGUUUGCGUGGUGCCUCCGUCGAAUCGGUCGUGCGCCGCCUGGCGAGGGACAAGUUUGACAGUGGCACCACUCUGAUUAUACACCUCGGCGAUAGUGUGGGUGUGAAGAGAUCUCACGUGGGAUCCCUCAUACUGGCAACGGUGCCGGCCGCGCGGCGAGCGCCGGCGCGUGCGCAGCCUCCCCGCGGGCCGCCCACAGCAUUUAAACUGACGGCUGAGACAGCGGAGAGGCCCCGGGCCAAAUGCAAGGGAGAAGCCCAAGGGGACUCGGAGGGUCUGGCUAUGCCACUAGCGAGCAUAGAAGAAAACUCCUCCUUGGCGAUCUUUAAUUUGUCAGGAGCCAACCUACGAGGUGAACUGAAAACAGGGGGUCCAGGUGUAGUUCUGAUAUGGUGA